AUGAGGUUUGCAACAAAAGAAGCUCGAAACCAGGCUCUGUUUGAGCAUUACCAGCGCUUCCCAAAGGAUUACUCAUCAGUGCUAGCUACUAACAUCAGCCAAGAGGACUUUAACACCCUCUGUGAACAGAACCCUGCAUGGUUGGCGCCUGUGCGGUUGGAAGCAUUUGGAAAGAUCAAGGAGCACUGGGCAGCAGCGCGCUGUCUCAGCUUGCAAAUCCAUUGCAAAGUUGGGCAUGGGGAGAAGUACCAGGACCUGAUCAACACCCUCGGCAAGGAGUUUAACGAGGAGACUGGAAAAUGGGACCGGGUGGAGCUGUUUUACCCAGGGUCGGGGCUUCUCAUACCUCUGCUGCCGUCAAAGGGGACGGUAGACGGCUUCAGGGAGGAGAUCCACGCCAAAAACCCCAUUAUGCAAGACGAGUCGGGGAAGGCGGCGUGGCUGGACCUGGCCAAACUCGUCGACGAGGCAAUCUCCGCUGAGCGAGCGCACGGGUUCCUGCAGAAUCGGAAGGACAAGGCUGAGGACACGGCAUGGAUGCACUGGGCGGGGGACGCGGCCGGCUACAUGCGUGGUCUGAAGGUUUCCAAGUGUGGCUUCAGCCUAAAAUCCCCUGAUCAGCUCGUUGCCCAAAACCCCCGCCACAUCCGGACAGUCAUCCAGUUUGAGGCACACCGCCCUCUUCAAGUGGGCCCCGACAGCAAGUGCCCCUACUGCCCCCAAACCUUCCCUGAUCAGGAGACCAUCGACGCUCUCCCUGCCCCCCAGUCAAAAAACCAAAUCAGGGCGCACGCACUCACGCAUUAUGGCGUCCGGUUCGGGACACCCCCCCUUUUCAAAUUUCCCCUCGCGCUGGUGUACCUCUACAUCCUCCACAUGCUGCUCCGCCUCGCGAGCAUCACGUUCCAACGCACGAUCGAAGUGAACCUGAACACGAAGGAGAAGGUUGAAGCCAUAAAUCGACUGAUCAAGCACCUGGGGCUUGGGUGCAAAAAGGUUGAGGUCCGCAAGACAAACGCGUCGAGGGGGAAGGAUACAGAGCCGAUCAAUUUCAUUGGAAGCGUCGAGCGGAGCACAAAGGCAGAGCACGUUCAGGACGUUGCUGUGGCCUACGUGGAUGCGUUCACAGCGGCGGUGGGGCUCCCCUUCUGCACCCUCUACAUGCACCUCGCCAUGGGCCACAUUCCCCGCAUGGUCAGGGACACGCCGCUCGACAUCGCCGCCAUCUCCCAGCAGGGCUUUGAGGCACUCCUGAAACAAGGGCACCAGGACCAGGUCAACUUCGGCAACCACCAACUUCGUAGUGACAGAAUGGACAAAGGCCGCAACUACCAGUUGGUAGCAAAGGAGCGAGAAAGGCGCGAGCUGCAGAAUGUGUUGGCAAGGCCCAUCUCCAGAAACGAGAAGCGACAACUCGGUGGUGUGAGUGCCGCAGCACGAGCAGCUAAGGCUGUUGUCGACAGGGCAGCGAGGAGGGGGCAUCUGAGUGUUGCAAGCCGCAGUAAGGGCCAAUUGGAGAAGCGGUUGGAAAAAUUGGAAGAAGGUGCUCAAGCAAUUGUCGAUCAGUUCCGACUUGGAGGGCCGGGUUGA